AUGCGAGUCAGGGAGGCCAUACACGCCGGCUCGUGGUACGAGGCCGACCCUCACCGCCUCACCUAAAUGUUGGCGGCCUUUUUCGCCAGGGCUGAGGUCAACGACAAGCGCCCCGUCAAGGCCAUCAUUGCUCCUCAUGCAGGCCAUGCCUAUUCUGGCCCCACUGCCGCCUUCGCCUACAAGCACCUGCAGGCGCGGGCAGGCUUGAAAGUGUUUUUGCUAGGCCCUUCGCACCACGUCUACCUCAAGGGCUGUGCGCUGACCGGCCUGGACCUUUUCAAGACUCCUCUCGGGGACAUCCCAGUCGAAAAGGGAAUUCUGGACAAUCUACGAAAAACCAAGAUCUUCAAAUAAUUCAAUAAACAGCAAGAGGAGGAGGAGCACAGCUUAUAGCUGCACCUGCCUUUCCUGCGUAGCUCCUUGGGCGAGGGGUUUGGGCUGGUCCCCAUCAUCGUCGGGGAAAUGAGCCCGGAGUCCCGGGCACAGUUCGGGCAGGCCCUGCUACCCUACUUCAAGGACCCUGACUCGCUAUUCGUGAUCAGCACUGACUUCUGCCAUUGGGGCAAACGAUUCGGUUACGCUCCAUACGACUAG